AUGAUAGAAAUGAACGGCUAUGAUUUAGUUGAUGUACCCAAAAAAAUGUUCAAUGAAUUGUCAACAUCGCGUAUUAUUAAAAGUUAUCCGCAAUUUAUACUAAUCGAACAUGAACAAAAAGCUCUUCUCGGAUCUAUUGAGAUAAGCAGUAUUAACUGGAAUGGUUCUCUCAGAUACUACGAUAACACUUCAGAUUUUAAUAAAAAAAACGCUGCUGUAAUAGAAGAAACAUAUGAUGGUUGUGGAGAUGCUACUUUCCUUACACAAGAUAAAUUCGUCGUCGUAGGGGAUAAGGGUGCUGUAGAAAUAUUUCAAAUUGUUCAGGCAACAGGUAAACCUCAGACACUAGAGCUUCAAUCCUUGAAUAGUGCUUGUUAUCAUGACGACAGUGUCUACACAGUAUCUGCAUUUUCUGAUAGUAAAAGCAUAGUCACAGGUGGAUUAGAUUGUUGUAUUAAAAUUUGGGAUGUGGAAAGUUUAAUUGCGACACAUUCGUAUAGUUUUGCACAUGUGAACUGUAUCACUGGGACAGAUGUAAAACCUAUGUGUAAUUCUGUAUUUGCAUCUACUUCUCUACAUGGUGAUGCAUUAAUGUGGGACAUUAGGAAAUCUGAACCAGCACACUGUAUUCUUGAUAGAAAACAGAAGUGUUCUUCGAUAUCCUGGAAUCCUGUUAUGGAUCAGUAUCUUGCCAUAGGUGAAGAUUGUGGUGUGAUUGCAUUAAUAGAUAUUAGACAACCAAAUGAGCCAGUAUUUGAGCUCACUGUGGACAAUAGAAGUGUAUGGAAGGUGUUAUUUAAUCCAAUAAGGAAAGAUCUGUUAGCUUGCUGCUUUGAUAACACGUCUGUAAAAGUAUUACAUGUUUCUAAAGAUGUACAAGUGAUAAUGGAAGAUAAUGAGCACACUGACUUUGUACGAGGGUUAGCGUGGUAUAAAGAUGACUUAUUCUCAUGUGCUUUGGAUGAUAAUGUAAUUAAACGUACAGUAUCAUUUAACGACAAUAAGUAGCACAAGUCGAUAUUCACACAGUAGUUAUAUUAACAAGACUUUCAUGGAUCUUCCUUUUUCUAUUAAUUUAAGAUAAUGUUAGGUUAUCCAAUAAAUUUGUGCUAUUUUUAAUCCAUAUCUAUGUUUUAUAUUUUUCUAUUUUUUCAAAAACAAUAUAGAAAGACAUCGAAUUUUAGGAAAAAGAAAGAAUACAUUUAAUAAUUUAUUUUUUUGAAAAAAAAACUAAAUAAAAUGACACGAAUUUAUGGGACGACUCAAUACAUCAAUGAAUUUGUAAGAGGAAUUGUAUUUAAUUUCAAAAUCUAUUUGUAUCUAUCUUGACGAUAAUUGUUUUAAUAUACUUAAUGUAUGUUACUAUAUUUUUAUCAUGAUUAUAUGUACUGAAUUAUUACAUAAGACAAACAUCUAUUUUGUAAUGUAAGAUAUUGUAAUGGUGUUAUAUAACAAUAAUGUAUGAGAAUUGCACUUAAGAAGCAAUAGGAAUUCUUGGGAAUCUUGAAAAAAAAAAUCAUAUAACACCAUUUAUAAGUAAUUAAAACAAGUCUUUCUUA